GAUAAAUCAAUGGUUUGGUUUUUCAUUCCUCUUGGCUGAGGAUUGGUUGAAAAGCAAACCAGAAAUUUGGAAGCAGACAUUCAUCACGACACUGCUUACUCAGGAUAGAGAGCAUAUUCUGUUUCUCUCUCCUUAAUUCCCUUCCUUUCUCUCUCUUCGCCAUUCAUUUUCCACCAACUUAUUCUCUCUCUCUGAUCCCUUCCUUCUCCUCUUUUAAUUGACCCCUUCAAGUUUCAAUUUUGGGGUGUUCAAGAUUGGAAAAAACAGAAAAGAAUUAAAAGGGUGUGUGAGAUUCAAUAGGGUGGAUCGUGGUUUUGGAAACUGUACUGGUUUUGCUGGUUUUUGAAGCAUGCUUUUGUUGGGGCUUCUUAAUCACAGUGAUCACUAAUCAGUCCUUAAGAAAGACAUAAGCUUGAUGAAUGUUCAAGUGAUCAUUUAGUUAUCCUCUAAAGCAGUAUUUUGCUGGUGUUUUCCUCUGCAAUGGAGUUCUGAAUCUAUGAUGAUGAGAUUUCUUAUUUGAACCCACCCAAGAAACAGAUGGAUAAGAAAGAGCAUAUUGCAAUUUUUACUACUGCUAGCCUUCCAUGGUUGACAGGAACUGCUGUGAACCCUUUGUUUCGUGCUGCGUAUCUUGCCAAAAGUGGGGAAAGAGAUGUCACUUUGGUGAUCCCUUGGUUAUCUCUGAAAGAUCAAGGACUAGUAUAUCCCAACAAUAUUAAAUUUGCUUCACCCUCAGAGCACGAGAAGUAUAUCCGCCAAUGGCUAGAGGAGAGAGUUGGAUUUACAUGUGGUUUCAGCAUACAGUUUUAUCCAGGAAAGUUUUCUAGAGAUAAAAGGAGCAUUCUUGCUGUUGGGGAUAUUUCGGAGAUUAUCCCUGACAAAGUUGCAGAUAUUGCUGUUCUAGAGGAGCCCGAGCACUUGACAUGGUAUCACCAUGGGAAAAGAUGGAAGACUAAAUUCAGGCUAGUUAUAGGGAUAAUUCAUACGAAUUAUUUGGAGUAUGUGAAGAGAGAAAAGAAUGGAACCAUGCAAGCAUUUUUGAUGAAAUAUUUAAACAACUGGGUUGUUGGUAUAUAUUGUCACAAGGUAAUUAGAUUAUCUGCCGCCACCCAGGAUUACACUGGCUCCAUCAUCUGUAAUGUUCAUGGAGUUAAUCCGAAAUUCCUUGAGAUUGGCAAGAAAAAGAGGGAGCAACAACAGAAGGGAGAGCAGGCCUUUACCAAAGGUGCCUACUUUAUUGGGAAGAUGAUAUGGAGCAAAGGCUACAAGGAACUACUCCAACUUCUUAAAGAUCAUCAAAAGGAAUUAUCUGCUCUUGAGGUUGAUUUAUUUGGCAGUGGAGAGGACUCAAAUGAAGUUCAAAAAGCUGCAGAAAAGUUGGAACUAGCAGUUAGCGUUCACCCAGCUCGUGAUCAUGCUGAUGCUCGAUUUCAUGAUUACAAAUUGUUUCUUAAUCCAAGCACAACAGAUGUGGUCUGCACAACAACAGCAGAAGCUUUAGCAAUGGGCAAAAUUGUUGUUUGUGCUAACCAUCCCUCAAACGACUUUUUCAAGCAGUUCCCAAAUUGUUGGACGUACGAUGACGAUGAUGAAUUUGUUAAACUCACACUCAAGGCACUGGCUGAACAACCUGCCCAGCCUACUGAUGCUCAGAGACAUGACCUAUCUUGGGAGGCGGCCACGAAACGGUUUCUUAAGGCCGCCGACUUGGACAAGCCAUUAGAUAGAAAAUUGUUAAGAACAAGUUCAAACUUUCUGGCUGCCUCCAUAAAUUUGCAAGAGAAAGUAGAUGAAGCAUCAGCAUAUGUGCAUCAUGUAGCUUCUGGGUUUGAAGUAUCGAGAAGAAUCUUCGGUGCCAUUCCAGAUAGCCUGCAGCCAGAUGAAGAGCUACGCAAGGAACUUGGGUUGACUGAAGCUUCCACGAAAUAAGGUUAAAGAAAAAUGAUUUUGGAAUGUUGUGAUGUUAAUUAAAAUUUCUAGAGAUUCUAACUUCUAUUCAUAAUCGGUUACCCGUGCAUUCACAAGGGUCGUGCUUGUCUUUACACAUGUUUUAAAAUAAUUUAUGUAUAUAAUUAUUUGUUUAAAAAUAAAUAGAGCAUAUGUUUACAUUUUA